AUGAAACAAAUAAUUUCACCAUUACUUUUAAUAGUAUUAUUAUUAAUUAGUUUUUCAAAUGCAUAUCAAAAAUUAUAUGUAAAUUUCAUUCCAUUUGAAAGUGUACAAUGUAGUGGAAAUCCAUCAGGUAUUGGUUAUGGCGGUUUAAUUAAUACUUGUUUCACUUUUGAUAAUUCUAGAAAUUGGUUAUUUAAAUAUUUAGAACAAGAAAAUUCAAUAAGUUUUACUCAAUACUAUAACAAAGGAGGUGUAACAGAACUUUGUGAAAUUAAAUCAAUGAAAACUCGUACUGCUUUAAUUGGUGAAUGUGUCUCUGGUAAAGAUUUAGUAUUCAACUCAUUUUAUCAAUCAGUAAAUUAUGAUUCAUCAUCCUCCUCAUCAUCCUCAUCAUCAACACCAGAAAUUUAUUAUCUCAUUCAAAUUACCAAGGAUCAACCAUUCAUUGCACCAAGUUCAACUGUUGUAUCACAUAACUAUGGUGAUUGUACUGAUGGCGAUAGUGAUAUUAUAUAUUAUGAAACCUUUUCAAAUCAAACUCAAGUUUUUAUCCCAAUCUUUGGUACAGUUAGUGAAUUUUACUGUUUAAAUAAUACCCCAAUGGCAAUGACCUGUGAAAAUAAUGGAAGUAAUUGUACUAAUCCACAAGACCAAACUACGAUUUGUGAAGCCGUUUCUCCAUUCUUUAAUACUACUGCCUCUGAUAUGAGUUCAGGUGAUACAUUAUAUACAUUUAAUAAUUAUUGUAGUUAUUAA